AAACAUCGAUGUUGAAUUUGCAUCCCUAGCAGUGUAGCGAACAAAUCCUUUUUGGAUUUAGUGACAUUGCUCCUUAACUAAUUGUUCGAUAUUGCAAAUUUUCUGAUUGCUGGUCUGCAAGAAAAUAAGAGUAAUACAAAAAUGCAUAUUAAACAGAUUAUAAUCCAAGGGUUUAAAAGCUACAAAGAUCAAACUGUGGUUGAGCCCUUUGACAAAAGGCACAAUGUUGUUGUGGGUAGGAACGGAUCGGGAAAGAGCAAUUUUUUUUAUGCAAUACAGUUUGUCCUUAGUGAUGAAUUUACUCAUCUCCGCCCGGAACAAAGACAGGCACUCUUGCACGAAGGAACCGGAGCUAGGGUGAUUUCAGCAUACGUGGAAAUCAUUUUCGAUAAUAGUGAUAAUCGGGUUCCAAUAGAUAAAGAAGAGAUAUAUCUACGGAGAGUUAUUGGUUCUAAGAAAGAUCAAUAUUUUCUUAAUAAAAAAGUAGUUCCAAGAACUGAAGUUGUGAACUUGCUCGAAUCUGCUGGAUUUUCAAACUCCAAUCCUUACUACAUCGUUAAGCAAGGCAAGAUCAAUCAAAUGGCUACAGCCGCAGAUUCAUAUAGAUUAAAAUUAUUGCGGGAAGUAGCUGGCACGCGAGUUUAUGAUGAAAGAAAAGAAGAGUCACUCAAUAUUUUGCGUGAAACCGAAGGAAAGCUCGAAAAAAUAUCUGAGUAUUUGAGAACUAUAGAGGAUCGCUUAAAAACUUUAGAAGAGGAAAAAGAGGAGUUGAAGGAAUACCAAAAAUGGGAUAAGGCAAGACGGAUGCUAGAGUAUAUAAUACACGAAACUGAAUUAAAAGAGACCAAAAAGGCGCUCGAUGACUUAAAUGAACAAAAGAAAUCGUCUGUCGAUAAGAAAAAAAUUUAUAAUAUAGAAAUCCAGAAGGCUCAAGAAAACAUAAAGGACAUCCAAAAACGCCUGAAAGAUGCUAAAAAAGAUGUAAUAUCAACGAAGGAAGAACGGUCAGUAUUGUUGACAGAACAGCAACAACUUCUGCGUGAAAAAACAAAGCUUGACCUUAUAAUAAUUGAUCUGAAUGAUGAGGUUCAAGGUGACAAUAAAUCAAAGGAAAGAGCAGAUCUUGAAUUAAAAAAAUUAAAAAUAACCAUUGCUGAAAAAGAAAGAGAGUUGGAUGAUGUUAAACCUAAAUAUGAAGCUAUGAAGCGUAAGGAAGAAGAGUGUUCUCGCGAGCUUGCCUUAAAGGAGCAGAAAAGAAACGAGUUGUAUGCGAAGCAAGGUCGAGGGUCGCAGUUCUCGUCAAGAGAGGAAAGAGACAAAUGGAUUUUAAAUGAAUUAAAAUCACUAAGUAAACAAAUAAGAGACAAAAUAAAUCAUAACACAAAAUUAGUUGAAGACUUGAAAAAAGAUAGUAAUGCUGAAGCCGAUCUUAACCGAAAAAUUGAAGAGCAUUCCAAUGAGCUGGAGCAACUUAGGCUUCAAAUUGAUGAGCACAACAAAAAGUAUUACGAAUUGAAGAAAACAAAAGACCAGUUUCAAGCAAUGAGAAAUGAAUUGUGGCGGAAAGAAACUCAAAUGACACAACAGCUACAAACCCACAAAGAAGAGCUUUCUAAAACAGAUCAGGCACUUAGAAGUAUGGCUGGAAAGCCUAUAUUAAACGGCCGAGAUUCUGUUCGCAAAGUUUUGGACAAUUUUUUUGAACGGGGAAGUCCUUUUGCUGAAAUAGCCAAAUCCUAUUACGGCCCAGUGAUUGAAAACUUUAGUUGCGAUAAGACAAUAUAUACAGCAGUAGAAGUUACGGCUGGAAAUAGGUUAUUCCAUCACAUUGUUGAAUCUGAUAAGGUCGGGACACAAAUUUUAAAAGAAAUGAAUAAACUUAAACUGCCAGGAGAGGUAACAUUCAUGCCCCUAAAUCGUUUACAGGUAAAAAUACAUGAUUAUCCUGAUGAUCCAGAUUCUAUUCCAAUGCUCUCAAAACUCAAAUAUGAUGAACAGCAUGAUAAAGCAUUAAGAUAUAUAUUUGGAAAAACUUUAAUAUGUAGAAAUUUAGAAAGAGCGACUGAGUUGGCCAAAAGUACUGGAUUAGAUUGUGUCACUUUAGAUGGGGAUCAAGUAUCAUCUAAAGGGUCCUUAACAGGUGGCUAUUUCAAUACGUCUAGAUCACGUCUUGAAAUACAAAAGAAACGUACCGAAUACACCCAACAAAUACGCGAUUUUGAAAAAGAGCUUGGCAAGCUACGAAAUGAGAUAAAACAAACUGAGAAUAGUAUUAAUUCAGUUGUUUCAGAAAUGCAGAAAACAGAAACAAAACAAGGAAAAACUAAAGAUAUUUUUGAAAAACUACAAGGGGAAAUCCGUUUGAUGAAAGAAGAACUAUUAAGAAUUGAGAAAUAUAGAUCAACAAGAGAAAGGUCUGCUAGUCAAUGCAAAUCGAGUUUAGAAGCAAUGAAUAGUACGAAAGCGGGAUUGGAAGCUGAGCUUAAUCAAGAACUGUUAUCUAGUUUGUCGGUACAGGACCAACGAGAAAUUGAUCAACUUAAUGAAGACAUAAGAAAACUGAAUCAAGAGAAUAAAGAAGCAUUCACGCAGAGAAUGCAAUUAGAAGUUGUAAAAAAUAAACUUGACAAUCUCUUAACCAAUAAUCUUUUUCGAAGACGAGAUGAAUUGAUUACAGCACUUCAAGAAAUAUCUGUCGAAGAUCGAAAACGUAAACUUAUAAAUUGUAAGAAUGACCUAAUAUCUACAGAAAAAAGGAUAAAAAAAGUGAAUCUGGACUUGGAGGACAUUGAGAAAAGGGUUCAACAAGCAGUUCAUCUUCAGAAGACUCUACAGCAUGAGCUCGAGAAUUGGAUGCGAAAGGAGAAAGAAGCGGAAGAAAAAAUUAAUGAAGAUUCCAAAAAAAUGGAGAAAUGGACAUCGAAGGAAAUUUUACUAAAUCAGAAAUUAGACGAAUGCGCCGAAAAAAUAGCCAGUUUAGGUGCUCUACCACAAGUUGAUGGUGUUUAUAGUAAAAUGUCAUUAAAAUCGCUUUUUAAGGAGCUUGAAAAGGCGAAUCAACAUCUGAAAAAAUAUAACCAUGUAAAUAAAAAGGCUUUAGACCAAUUUCUCAGUUUUUCUGAACAAAAAGAAAAACUGUAUAAACGAAAAGAUGAACUAGAUGUUGGAGAUCAAAAGAUUCGGGAACUAAUGAGAACUCUUGAAAUGCAGAAAGUGGAGGCCAUUCAAUUUACUUUCAAGCAAGUCGCACAAAAUUUCACCAAAGUAUUUAAAAAACUAGUACCACAAGGUGCAGGUUAUUUAAUACUUAAAACAAAGGACAAUGAGGAUGAAAAAGAUGAUAAAGAGGUGGCUAAUUCUGAUGCAUUUACUGGCAUAGGUAUUCGUGUGUCCUUCACAGGAGUGGAUGCGGAAAUGCGUGAAAUGAAUCAAUUAUCUGGUGGUCAAAAAUCGUUGGUUGCGCUGGCAUUAAUUUUCGCAAUUCAAAAAUGUGAUCCAGCUCCGUUUUAUUUGUUCGAUGAAAUUGACCAGGCGCUCGAUGCUCAACAUAGAAAAGCGGUCGCAGAUAUGAUACAUGAAUUAAGUGACCAGGCUCAGUUUAUAACAACAACAUUUAGGCCAGAACUUCUAGAGAAUGCUCAUAAGUUCUAUGGCGUUCGUUUUCGAAAUAAAGUCAGUCACAUAGAUUGUGUUACCAAGGAGCAAGCAAAAGACUUUGUUGAAGAUGAUAAUACCCACUCCUAGAUAAAGGACGUUAGUUCUUAAGCAUAUGUAUACAAGCAGAGGUGUAUGCGCUCAAGGGAAUCAGUCUCAAGUUGAACUGUAAACGUAACGUACAAAAUAACAUAAGCUGACUGACAUUAAAAUUAAUCAAUUAUGUUAUAUCUUCUUCUUUUAUAUAUAAAAAUGAAUGUUUGUCUGUAUGCCAUCGAUGAACUCAAAAACUACUGGACCGAUUAUUAUACAAAUUGGUAUAUGCACAUAUGUAUUUUCCCACGGGGAAGAAUUGUAGAUUAUGCUCAUUGAUGCCGAGUAGCAAAGUACCAACUUUUGCCCCGUUCAACCGAUAUUAGCAGCCAAAAACAUCAAUGUCAAUACCAUCAACUGCACCAUUCAGCAUGGAAUACCCAGUGAAACGACAACAUAAAAUUCCAUUGAUACUGUGGCGAAUCAAGACGAGGUUGUCAGCUAUCCAACUGAAUUCUUGAAUUCGCUUGAUUUUCCAGGCAUGCCGCCGCACGUUCUUACAUUGAAAAUUGGCGUACCCAUCAUUCUCCUCCGAAAUAUAAAUCCACCACGACUUUGCAACAGAACCAGACUCUCAGUCAAGAAAAUGAUGGACAAUGUUAUCGGGACAACAAUUUUGACUGGAAAAUUUUAAAGGCGAAGACGCACUGUUGCCACGUAUCCCAAUGAUCCCGACAGAUAUGCCAUUCGAAUUUCAACGUUUACAGUUCCCGGUGCGACUCGCUUUCGCAAUGACUAUUAACAAAGCACAAGGACAGUCGUUACAAGUGUGUGGAUUAAAUUUGGAGAAUACAUGCUUCGGAUUUGGAGAAUACAUGGCUUGCUCACAUGUCGGAAAACCUUCUGAUUUAUUCGUCUACGCACCAGAUGGAAAACAAGAAGUAUUGUGUAUCCCACAGCACUUCAAUAAAAAUCAAAUUGAAACUAAACUGCGUAAUGCACAAUUUUUUCGAAAUAAACAAAAUGGAUAAAAUGGUUUAGAAUGAAGUGAAUAUUUCUGUACUGAUUUUCUUUAAAGUUAUUCUUCUUAAAUUUAUUUUAUUUAUUAUAUUUAUUUGGCGUACAGCUAGUGAGUUAUAUAAAUAAAUAAAUUUAAGGUUUGUCCGCGUACUUUUCCUGUAAUAAUUUUAAUUACGUAUCCAUUUUAAAUCAAUGUGUUUGCAAUAUUUUGCGC